AUGCACGGCGCCUCGGCCAAGUCCGAAGUCUUUCUCACCUCGGCGUCGUCGCGUCCGCCCGCGGCCCCGGUUGAUCUCCAGUCGAAGCGCUCGCCGCCGCGCAGGCAGAAGCCGAGGCAUGUCAUCUACAAGUCCACCGCCCUGCAGCGCGCAGCUCCAAGCCUAGUUGCCGCCGCGUCUGCAAAUGCCAUCUCCGCCACCAAGGCUAUUCAGCGCGCCGCUGAUGAGGCGGAGAAGGUUCGCGACGACUUCAAGCUGUCCAAGUGCGGACCGGAGAUUGACCUCGUCGAUGGCGAUGACGAGGCUACCAACGCGAAGAAAUAUGAGCGCAGGUUGCUCAUGAAUCGGCACUCGGCCGCCGCUAGUCGGGUGCGACGGGAAGCGUACACCAAGGCGCUUGAAGCUCAGAUUGUACAGUUGGAAGGCAACAUGAAUUCGGUUGUCAAGGCGUACGAGGCUGAGAAGGAAAAGAAUAGACUCCUUAUGGCCAACGCUCCAACUUCGGAAGAAGAAGACCAGGAUGAAAGCGAGGGGAACCGAGGGGAAUCGGAUUCCAACUCGCUGCCGAGUGAUAUGCAAGACCAUGACCAGGCCGACGCCUUUGCGGAUGCCCGCGUUGGGGCUGAAAUGUUUAUGGGCAUGUCGGCGACAGGUGCGCUUAUGCAGCAGCCGCGUUUAGAGAGUCAAACUGAAGAUAAUAGCGAGGCAUUCGGGGUGUCCGAUAUGCCGCCACUUGUCCCGCUAGAGGCUCCGCCACCGCACCAUCAACAAUUUGUAAGGGAUUUGAAUGCGGUGAAAGAUGAGGUAUUUGACAUUGCGAACGGGACGGUCCCGGCGGAGCUGCUCAGCGUGCCAGAUGACAAGUUGCUGGAUUGCUUCCUACGUGUGGACGCGAUGCCCAGCCAGGUCGAGUUCGACUCGCUCGAACUGUUUUAAGUUUUUCUAUCUUUGUUUUCACGCGAAGUCGUCAACAAGGCUCAUUCCCUCGCUCCCCUCCCGGCCUCCACUCCCACACAAAAAAACAAGAAGGAAAAUGAAACACAACCCAAAAAAUAUGGACGCUGUGACAUUUAUGCAAGCGCUGGCUUUGUCCAUGUCGCCGACUCGGAGAUGGAUUUUUUGGAAUAUGGCGAUGAUAAUGGAAAGCCGUUUGUUUAAGAUUGAUUUUUUUGCCUAAUACUAUCUAGAUAUUUUGGUGGCUUCGUGCUUGUUCCCUCGCGCUUUUGCUUCUUCUUUCCUUUGUCCCCUAGAGAGUCGCAUCGCGUCUCCUGUACACGCCACGAGAAGCGAGUGUAAUACGUGUUGUUGUUUCGUGGACUAGGCAAAGCCUUGCAUGCAGGGCCGACAUUGUCGCGAUAGGACGGCGUGGUCCAUGGUAUGGCGCGGGAUUGGUGCGAAUGUGCAGGGGGGUACUAUGAUCUGCGCAUGUGAUUUUGAAUCAGCGGAGCAAGCGUAGGCGCUGCAAUCUCGCGAGAUAUAGAUGCAAGGCACGGAGAGGAAGGCAGGCACGGAGGGACGGCCAUUCUGGGACGUGCAGGACCUCUCUGAUUGAUGACGACGGGAUAAAAAUAUUACACCCGAAUACUGCAAAUAGUGCGGGUGAAAAUAUAGUGUUUCUCGCCUAUCGCCGAUGGCGCAAUUACUGCGGUCCGCACUAAUUGCAAACCAUACAUCUAAUAGUGUAGUCUGCGCGCCAUUUUUGACAGAUACUAACCCAAAUCUGGAACAAAACGCCAUUGUGGUGUUUCGGUUAUGCACAUAUAAAGAAGGCUUACCUUUUCCAUUCUUA